CCGCCGCCAUGUUCCUGCAGUGCUACGAGAACGAGCGCGGGGAGCGCGUUUACACCCUGCGGAAAGUGUCCCCGGACGGGGUCCCCACACGCUCGGCCCAUCCCGCGCGUUUCUCCCCCGAUGAUAAAUUCUCCCGGCACCGCCUGGCCCUGAAGCGCCGCUUUGGGGUCUUGCUCACACAGAAGAGUCGGCCCCUGCUCUGAGCGACCCCCAAAAAUCCACCCCGGAACCCCGAGAUGGCCCCGAGCCCCCCGGAGUGACCGCGACAUCCUCGGAGUGAUCCCUGCAAUGAGACACCCGAAAAACAACCACAGAGGAGGAAGAGAAGAGGAAGAAGGAGGCGAAAUAAAA